CGAAGAGUUUAAAACUUGUUUGACUUCUGCUGCAAAGAACUUGAAGACUAGGAUUUAAGAUGCAUCGAUUGUUCGAGUUUAUUAACUUGCCGCUAAGUUACCAUCUUGUGGCCGGCGCGUUUAUAAGGCUCAUGUUAAUAUUUUAUGCUGACUAUCACGACGAAAUUUACGAUGUACCCUACACCGAUGUGGACUACAAAGUGUUCUCUGACGCCGCGAGGCACGUCGUUAACGGGAACUCACCGUACAACCGUCACACCUACAGAUACAGCCCUAUCAUAGCAUACAUGUUAGUUCCGAACAUCUUUCUCGGCAAGAACUUUGGGAAGUUACUGUUUUCUUCGUUUGACAUCUUUAUUACCAUGGCGGUUAAGACCUUAGUGGAACAUCAGUUGAGCCCUAAAAGCGUUCUGAGUCGGAUACCCACCUAUUGCUCCAUGAUAUGGCUUUACAACCCCAUGAGUAUUGGUAUAUCAACGCGCGGGAAUGCUGACUCCGUACCAUGCUACUUCAUAGUGCUCUCCUUGCUAUUUCUGCAGACUAAUCUCCUAAAGGGAUUGAAGAAAUACGCUUUAUCAGGUUUUCUUCUCGGAGUGGCCAUCCAUCUGCGUUUGUACCCUUUGGCAUUCAGUUUCCCAAUGUACCUUAGCAUAUCGACGUCGAAAGUCACUCGUAGUACCAGCUUGAGAGAUGGCAUGUUGCUCUUGUGGCCAAAUAAAAACCAACUGACGUUAGCUGGGAGUUGCAUGGCCACCUUACUAUCACUAACUUAUGGUAUGUACGCACUAUACGGAUACGAGUUCCUGUUCGAGACUUAUAUCUACCACCUGUUCAGGAAGGACACUCGCCACAAUUUCUCCGUACUGUUUUACUAUUCGUACCUCUCAAUGGAACACAUGGGUUUUGACUUCGUUAAGGUAAUAUCGCAGAUAUUCGAAGCCAGUAUCCUGUUCCUGAUUAGUUUGAAGUUCGGACCUGCCAAAACAUUGCCGUUUGCGAUGUUCUGCCAGGCGGUCGUGCUGGUUACUUUCAACAGUGUUAUGACGUCACAGUACUUCGUGUGGUUCCUAUCCUUGCUACCAGUGGUCGUCCACUCUUUCAACAUGCCCAAGACGAGAGCUCUACUCCUAGGCAUCAUCUGGAUUACAGCGCAAGGCGCCUGGUUGUUCUACGCGUAUUUAUUAGAGUUCAAAUGCAGAGAAGUUUUUAUCCUGCUCUGGCUUAAAAGCAUAGUUUUCUUUUGCGCCAAUAUAUUUAUUUUAGUUCAACUCGUGAAGAGCUACGUGCCCGGCUACGGUUUUGGCCAAAUAAGUAGUGUUAAAACAAAAAUUAAGUAGCCAUAGUCAUUUUUUAUGUAGAUAAAUUAGUAGGUAGAUAGUUAGUUGACGCACAUGGUGUAUAAAUAAAAUAUUGUAUUGGA